CUGCCUGCGGUCUCCUUUUACUGAUAGUGAUUUUACUGAUAGUAAGAUAGUGAUUACACACAGCAAAUGGGCGCUGUUUUUCAUGAAGAGGCUCUUUCAUUUUGCAACGCAAGUACAUUAGAAGCAGUGCCGCCUCACCGUGCAGCGGCAGGGAACCGCACUGGGCUCGCGUUCCGCAGCAGUCGCGCGCAGCCGGAUCCGGGUCGGCGUUCCAUUUGCGUUCUGACGGCUGCGUCACGUGACCGCGUGCAAUGGGUCGGCGCAGCUUCCGCUGUUCGGGGGCAGGGCUGCAGGCGCUCCCUCAGCGCUCACCCCGCUUGCUUGACAAUGAAGGAUGACGGACGCUGCCUCAAUUAAAACCUUCCGGGUGCCAGCCCGCCACGGUUAUGCAGUAGAAAUAUCUCCCUAUUUCCCCUCCAGAGUGGCCUGCGCUACCUCCCAGUACUACGGAAUCGCAGGAUGUGGAACAUUAGUGGUGCUGGAACAGACAGAAGCUGGAAUUAACUUUUUCAGGAGUUUUGACUGGAACGAUAGCCUUUUUGAUGUUACAUGGAGUGAGAACAAUGAACAUGUCCUGGUCACUGGUAGUGGUGAUGGAUCUCUACAGAUCUGGGACACAGCAGGCCCUACUGGACCCCUACGAGUCUUCAAGGAGCAUACUCAAGAGGUUUACUGUGUGGAUUGGAGCCAAACACGAGGAGAACACCUUGUAGUAUCUGGAUCGUGGGAUCGGACCAUAAAAGUAUGGGAUCCAUUGGUAAAAGAUUCAGUUUCUACAUUCCGGGGACAUGAAAGUGUCAUUUACAGCACAAUCUGGUCACCACAUAUCCCAGGUUGUUUUGCUUCAGCCUCAGGUGAUCAUACGCUGCGAAUCUGGGAUAUAAAUACAGGAGGAGCUAGAAUAAUAAUUCCUGCUCAUCAAGCAGAAAUCUUGACCUGUGACUGGAAUAAAUAUGAUCAGAACUUGCUUGUUACUGGAGCAGUUGACUGCACUUUACGAUGUUGGGAUCUAAGAAGUAUCCGGCAGCCAGUACAUCAGCUUGCUGGCCAUUCCUAUGCUAUACGAAGAGUCAAAUUUUCUCCCUUUCAUGCAAAUAUAUUAGCUUCCUGUUCAUAUGAUUUCAGUGUCAGAUUUUGGGAUGUUUCCAAGCCUGACUCAGUGCUAGAAACACUGGAGCACCACACAGAAUUUGUAUGUGGGCUUGAUUUCAGCAUACAUAUCCCUGGUCAGGUUGCUGAUUGUGCCUGGGAUGAAACUGUGAAGAUCUAUAUUCCAUCUUGCCUUACUGUUAAUCAUUAAAUUUGGCAUCAUUGAACAAUUUAGUACAUCAUGUUCCACUUCCCAAAACUAUUGUUUGAUGUAUUUCUUUAUAUGCAGUUGUCAGGAGCUCAUAACUAGCAUUAGCUGUUAUAUUUAGUUAAUCUGUAAAGCUCUUCAGCAAUUUAAUAUAUGUACAGCUAAAUGUACAGUUUGAUGUCUCUGGCAUGUGCUGAAUUGUACUUAGAGGAUUUUUUUUUGCAUUUUACUACCCUAUAAUUUAAAUUACUUUGAAGAUUGAUAAAUGGGAACUGCAAACUUCCAUCUUAUCUGUCCACAUUGGAGAGUACUUAAGAAAGUAGUGGAUAAAAUACAAUACUGGCAGUUUAUUUAUUUCUUGUGUGAAUUCAUGAGUGGCUAGCUAUUGCAAAGCUUUGUAACUAUAUGGAAAUUUGACUUUAUAUAUUUUGUACUUCAAUUCAUAUAUUUCACCCUAAUGCUUAGGUCAACUGAGAAUAAAUGUCUGUCUUGGUUCCUUGUGAUUUGAUCCCAACUGUGAAGAUAAGACACUGUCUUAAGAUUACUAUAACCAGAUUCAUUUCAGAUCUGGAUGGGUGGAGGGGAGUGGGGUUGCGAGAUAAACUUCAACAGAAAUUGAUUUGGAGGAAUUAUUAUGAUCUGGGAUUCCCUGAACAUAUUUUCAUCAUGAUUGAAGAAGAAAAAUCAUUUGAACUCUUGCUGCAACAAGAGCUUUUCAUUAUUCAGAAAUUUUGAUUAUUUUUCGGUCUUGUUACAUUUACAGAUAUUGUCAUUGUUAACACUGACAUGAAGUGUACUGUAUAUAUGUGUUAAUAACAUUCAAAGUGACUCAUACUUUCAGACUAACUUAUCCUUGGUUUUCUUGUAAUCAGCAACAACAAUUCACAUUUAUAUAGCGUCUUGAAUAUGGAAAA